AUCCAACCAAGAAACCCCCCGCCCGGCCCCGGUCGGUGGUCUCCGGCCAUGGACACGGACCCGCUGCUCCCCACCACGGCGCCGCAGCCGUUCCACCCGUUGCCGGAGCACGCGCCGGUCUCCAACUUCGACGCCGCGCCGCCCCCCUCCCCGGCCUCCUCCUACAAGGACCGCCUCAUCUUCGGGCCCCACUACCUGCCGCCGCCGCCGCCCCCACCCCCUCCCCCUUCGCCGUCGUCGGGGCACCACCACUACCGCCGCCUCUCGGUCGGCCACGCGGACCCGUUCCGCGACUACGACCACCCGUCCUGCUCCUCCUCCCCUCCCUCCGACAAGGAGGCCCCGCCCCAGCCCACCACGCCCUCGCUCUGCAAUCUCAUCAGCGGCCGCACCAACCUCCACCGCUCCCGCACCGCGCCCGCCAUGGCGCCGCUCAGCGCUGCCGUCCUCGACGCCUCCGCCGAGGCCGACCACCACAACCCGCCACCGCCGCCGCGGAGGCCGGUCAUCGUGCUGCAUGCCUUCCUCUUCUUGCUCGCCUACCUCGCCCUCGACGUCACCUUCUACGCCGCCUUCCCGGCCAACUUCACCUCCUCCGCCGGGCACACCCACCCCAUCGUCGACGCCCUCUACUUCUGCAUCGUGACGCUCUGCACAAUCGGCUGCGGGGACAUCACCCCGGCCAGCCUUGCCGUCAAGCUCUUCGCCAUAUCCUUCGUCCUCAUCGGCUUCGGCUUCCUCGACAUCCUGCUCUUCGGCAUGGUGUCCUAUGUGCUCGACCUCCAGGAGCACCUCCUCAUCACCGCAAUCAAGAACCCUCGCUCUGCACGCAAGCACAGGCACAACUACAUCUUUGACAUCAAGAAGGGCCGAAUGCGCGUUCGCAUGAAGGUCGCCCUCGCCCUUGGUGUGGUGGCCAUCUGCGUCGGCGUUGGGGUCACCGUGCUCAGGAAGGUGGAGAGCAUGGGCUGGCUUGAUGUCGUUUACCUUGCAGUGAUGUCGGUGACCACGGUCGGGUAUGGCGAUCACGUGUUCAGGACACUGCAUGGACGCCUUUUUGCCUCUCCAUGGCUUCUUGUGUCCACGCUAGCCGUGGCACGGGCAUUCCUCUACUUGGCGGAGAUGAGGAUCGACAAGAGGCACCGUGCAAUGGCCAACUGGGUGCUGUCUAGAGACAUGACCGUGUCAGAGUUUCUCGCUGCAGAUAUCGACAACAAUGGCUAUGUCACCUAUGAUUAUGUUAUGUAUAGAUUAAUAGAAGUGAUGAAUCGAACAGGGAGAAAGGACACUUUAUCUUCGACCAUUCUUGACUCUGACCCAUCCACGACCAGCGCCGUCACCAUCCUCGCCUCCGGACAUAGAUUGGAAAUUGGCAUUUGGUUCGGCAUGUAG